UGCUGACUUUGAAAAAGGAAAGCUAACUGUGUUUGACUCCCUAAGGACUUUCAUGGAUAUACUUGCUUUGGAAACAGAAUUAAUUCAUUUGAGGAAAAUGUUCCCUAUUCUUGCACAUCACUGUGGUUUGGGUCCCCACACAGCACACCGGAAGCCACUUUGGGAUGUGGUGCGCCCUAAUGCCCCACAGCAAAUUACAAACGAUUGUGGAGUGUUUGCACUAAAGUUCAUAGAGUUGGAUAUGCAACGAAGGCCGUUUGAUGACCUGCAAAACAAUAAUUCAAAACAAAUUAGUUUACUCAGACUUAGAAUGGCUUAUGAUAUUUGUUUAGAGUAUCAAUUGUCCCUACAAGUGUAAUUUUUUUAUACUAAAUUCUGGAUAUUAUAUUGUAAUGUGUGCCAAUAAGACGUUAUGCAACAUAUUCAUUUAUAAAAUACGGAGUGAGGAGUAUUU